UUGUUACCUUAACCUUGUCGAUGGCUGUUUUUAUGUGCUUCUUCCAGGUCAGCUGCUUAUCUAAAACAACACCCAAAUAUUUAGCAUCUUUUUCCCAUUCCAUGUUUUGUCCCUCUAUGGUGAUGUUGCCAUCGACACUGUCCUGCUUCCUGCCAAUAAGUAUGGCCUGACUCAGAGACAAGGGAUUAUUAUUUCUUGUCUCUGGCCUGACCCUUCUCUGCAUUUAUCUUCAGUUUCCACUUAAUGAACCACUGAUGUCGUUCGUCAAUUGCAAGCUGGAGCUGUUGCCUGAUGCAGUCCUUGCGACAUGAGGAUGUCAGAAGGGCCGCAUCAUCUGCAAAGAGUGCCAUCGUAUUCAUAGAUGAAGACAACUUUGGUGGUAGUCGUAUUGGCAGCAUAGAUAAAGACAAGUUGAUGACAUAAAUGAAGACUUGUUGAUGUUGAUGACAAGUGAUUGGAGGUCUUGGGAUGUCGCUUGUGUGACGUUAUGACUGAAAUGCGAAAUGGCCAACACGUGACGUCACACCUUCCGCCCGUAAUUUUUAAUUAUAUUUUUGUUAUUUGUAAGCACUGAUAGUUGAACGCUUUUAAUUCACAGAAUAUUAUAGAAAAGCAAACCAAUAUUGCCAAGAAUUUCCCAAAAAAAACAUAAAAACACGUUAUUCUAAGCUGUAACAAUGUCAAAACUCAAACCAAAAACGAAUCGGCGACAUAACUGUCAGUAAAAUAUUUGAAAACGAUAAUUUUGUUGCGUUGUGUUAGUUUUUGUAAAGCUGAUAUCUCAAAAAAAUAGUCUAAUAAUGAGCGAGAAACCGACGGAAAAUCAUAUUCAAAACAUAUGUGCCAUAGUUGAAGAGCGCGACAAAAAGUUAUGCGAAAUCGACGCAAAAUGCAAAUAUUACAAGGACAUGAUUGAGACUGAUACGGCUGAAAUUAACUUGAUACAGAAAGAUAUUAGACGAAUUAAUCAUGAAGACAAAGAAGCUCAAAAGCAGCUGGAACAAAUAGAUUUUAUUUUGAAAAGUUUGCGCGAAAAUCAAAAUGUGUUAACUGAGUCGCUAAUAAAUCAUCAGACGUUGGACAAAAUGCUUUCUAAAGAACUGAAAGCAAAGCAAACAGAGUUUCAACAAAUAGAAAACGAAUUUCGUGAUCUUUAUGAACGUUCUAGAUCGAAAAUUACUGAUAAUCCACUAUUCAAAGAGUUGGAAAAGGCAAAGGUUAAAUUUCGCAAAGCUAACAUAGAGCUACGAAGCCUAAAGCUGCAGAUUGCACAGAAAAAAAAAAUUAUUGCUGAAAAGCGAGCGAUUCAGGAAAAAAGGUAUUAUGCUUUUUUCAUUCGCAUGGCUGAAGACUAUCUUGUGGACAAGAAGAUGAAAGAACUGCAAGAGUUAAAGAAGCAGAAAUUGAUUGCAAUUAAAAGAGUUUACGAAUAUCAGGAAAAUCUGAAAGCCAAAAAAAAACUGGCUAUUCCCAAAAUGGAAAUGUUUAAAAAUAUUAUAUUCGGAAGCCAGAGUGAUCACAUCGAAGAGCAGCCCCAAGCCAAUGAAAGGCCAUCAAGCCACAAUAAAAUUCAAACACCAACUCCACUAGUUUUGAAACAACAACAACCUCUGCAGCUUACAAAAGCGAUACCUAAUUUGCGUGAAAAACUCAAUAUACUUCGGGAGGCAGAGGAGGUAGAGCCCGUUGAAAUACCCAGAAAAGUUCGAAUUAUUGAACAGGUGGUUGCACCAGCAAUAACAGCCCCUCACUUUGUUAUCCCAGAAAAUCCCGAACCAAUUAAUAAUUUCUCUAAAACCCUGCAAAGAUUAGUUAAAACUACAGGAUCUAAAAAGCCUAGUUCUCCACAAGUGGAUGAAUCCAUAGCAAUUCAAUCGACUCAACAGUCGGAAGCUGGUCAAUUGUCAGAGGAAGCACAAAGUCGCGUCCCAGCAAAGAUGGUUACACCAGUUAUUACAACGCUUCCCCAGUUCGAUUCACCUGAAAUGCGUCAAACAAGAGUAAUCAAACUGUCUAAAAAAUGGCAAUCAAUGAUCAAGAAUUUGGGCUUCCAAGAUCAACUUUCUCCACAAGCCGAAGACUCUGAGAUGGCUCAGUUGUCUGAAAAGUCAGAUUUGGAACAAUCGUUCCAACAGAGCCGAUCGGCCGAUAAAAUAACGAGUCUUCCGGUUGUUAGCGACGAUCAAUCGAUGCCACCGCUUGCGAUAAACCAAAAGUCAAUUAUAUUAGCUACGGAAGUGAAAAAUCAGAAUGAGGAAUCGUAUGAUCAGAUGAUGAGUAGGAAUGUUGCGGAGUCCAAGUCAGUUCGAUUUAAUGUAGAAUCCAUGUGCCAAAAAGCCAAAGAGAGCAGCGGGAUGUUUUCUCAAGCUAUGUUUCAAAAUCCGUUCCAAUCUUUCUUGGACAGAAAAACAGACCUCAACAACACAUUAGACUCUAAGCAAACAGAAGAAGUGAUGUCCAAUUUAUCAAAGGACGAUUUCAAUAAUACAGAAUCCGAUUUCAACAAUUCGACAUCUGGUUUUAAAUUCUAUGAAGAUGUUAGUGAUCAAGACGAGCAGUCCGACACAGCCGAGUCAGGGCCUUUCGGAGGCGAAAAUAUGUUUUCUUUUGGUUUGAACAAGCCAUUGUUUCCCUUUCAGUAGUCGAAUGGCAAAUGGUUUAACUGGAAUAAUUUUGAUUUCAAUAGCAGCAGAAUCCAUACAUUUUAUUUUCAAUAGUUUUAUGUCGUUGGCACUGCCCAAUUGAAAAUUCCAAACUGGCAUGCAUUUCUUGUAUGCCAUGUCUUAUCCUGUUAGUUUCUAAUAUAGUUCAACGCAAUAAAGGGGUAAGCUUUUAAAAA